GAAUUAUUAAUAAUAAUGAUAAGCGCUCUGCUGUGUACAUAAAAUUUAUUAAUUCGAAAGAGAUUAAAAGAAAUAAAAAUCAGGUACAAUGCAUAUUACGGAAAAUUACUCUAAAUGAAGUUCAGCACUAAUUACAAAACUAAUAUUAAUAGAGAAGAAUAUUAAAUAAAGUUAAGGACACUUAACUAAAAUCAAGUUCGUCAGCGAGACAGUUAAAAAACAACGACAAAGUCCUGCACAAAAAAGCUCAACCUACUCCCUUAUGAGAGUUUUCUCGAUUUUUGGGACACACCACGAAGAAAACCGUCGUGACCAUACAGAAUCGUAUUACAACGAGGAACUAUACUUAUGUUUCAAAAUCGUCGUCCAAAAAAACCUACCGUAGCAAUCGUUACAAGCAAAGGCCAUUUCUCUUCAAACUCUUUCAAAAAACUCCCCAAAGCCCUCUUUUCCACAGAGUGCUUCUCUCCUCAAGUCCACUUCCCUCUAGUUAGAGUUCAUUAAAGACCAUAAUACGUUUACACUUGCACAUUUAAGUUACCAAAACUUCUUUGAUAGACUUGUGCUUUAUGCCUCAGUUUUUCUUUUCUAACUGCAUACAAAUCACAAAUUCCCUAACCCCGGGCAAACCUUUGAUGAUAAAUGCCCACCAUGGGGACACAGCACUUCAUAAGUGCCCCACAAAUACCUGGCGGCCCACAAAUACCGGGCGGGAUAGACACGCUUGAAAUUCACUAAACCAUUAUGAUAAUUAUGCCACCAACAACCACAAUUACAAAAGAAUGUAACAUUUUGCAAUAUCACAACCACGACUCCCAAGCAUACGCUCCCGAAGCGUCUUGUUGAAAGUUGCGCCCAUGAAGAGUGGUGAUGCCCGUUAUGGCUCUUGGUGGGGGUUCAUUGUAUUCAUUAUUGGACAGCCAACGUUAACCUGUAUCAGGCGGUCCGUUGGCUACUCUCGAAAGGUGAUCGUUUAACGCAGGUUUGACUAUUGAGAAGUGUUAGUAAAUCACCCUGAGCCGGAUUUUUUGGAACUCAAUUAAGAAGUUGUGUAAUUGUCAUAAACUUUGUUAUUUUCGUUGAUUAAGUUGUUCCCUUUGAUCUUUAAUUCACUAACAGAAUUGAACGGUUCAUUUUCCUUUAAGGUUUCAUGCCGCUGUACAUCAAGUAUGGCCCUUUCAACAGAAUACACCAGUGAACAGAACUAUUCCAGAAUUUUCUAUGCCACCACUGUUAUACUGGCUGAGGGCCUGAGAGAAAUUUUUAAACAAGAAUGGGACAAUCAGUAUAAAUCAACAAAGGGAGAAUGGAAAGAUGACCCUCGGAAUGGAAUGGACUUCUAUAACGGCGAAUCCUCGCGAAACCGAAAAAGAUAUGCUCGUAUUUUGGCGAUCAUCAAAAACGGGGACAGAAAGGAAUGGGACUGUUUAACACUGUUUUACGCCAUUCUUUCCUCCGAUUCCCUCAAACCCGGUCUUGGUGCAACAGUCAGAAAAAAUGUGGAUGAUCUGAGACACUUACGGAAUGAAUGCGCUCACUUUUCCGGAGGUAUCCUCUCUGAUAUAGAAUUUCACGCAGCCAUUAGCAAACUUCAUUGUGCGUUUCAAGCGCUUGGUCUCCCGACUGUAAAAAUUCAAGACAUAAAAAACAAACCCUUUCCUUUAUCAGAGGAUUUUCAAGAAAUCAUGAAAAAAGAGUUUCGCCAGGCGGUUGAAGAUUAUAAGCAGGAACUUCAACAGACAAUAGAACUAAAACAAAAGACAGAAGAGCUCUUCAGAAAGGUCAUUCUUGACGAUCAAGCCCAGAAGAAGUUCUUGAAGAGUCAAACGCCACUGCUUCCAAGUGAAAUUAGAGCACGGGGGCUAAAAGCAAUUCUUGCCUACGAAAAUGCUUUGAAAACUGGAAAAGUUAUGGUAUACCGUGCUCGAAUCAUGUUAAUAGGUCAAGAUCGAACUGGCAAAACUAGUUUGAAGAACUCAUUCUUAGGUCUUCCAUUCGAUCCCGAGCAGCAAAGUACUGACGGAAUUGAACUGGACGUGUCAAACUUCGAGGUCGAUGUCGAUCAAGUAAGCAACUGGAAACGCGCUGAUGAAAAACAAGGUGUGUCUAAAUUUGUGCCCAAUCUUGUGAGAAUGGUAGCUGGAAAACUCGAACAAGAAGAAACAAAGGUGGAUCCAGCUCAGGAGAAAACAGUGAGUCAGGUUAGUGUCUUCAAAUAAAGACUUACAAAAUAAGACAUAGAUAUCGAUUAAGAAUUAAAAAGGCUGGUAUUCACUUGCGACGGAGUCGGAGUCGGAGUCGUAAUCAGAAGCGUAGAACUGUACGAUCUAGUGAAAACAGCGUUCUGUUUCUGCUUACGACUCCGAUUAAGUGAAAACUAGGUUGUCGGAAUCGCAAGCAGAGGCCGAAGAACUAAACCAAUCACAAGGCGUGGGAACGUGCAAUGUGAUUGGUUCAGGAUUCCAGCUCAGGAUGAAAAAAUUGAGAAAACAGUGGGUCAGGUUAGUGUUUUCAAGUAAAGACUUACAAAAUAGGACGUAGAUAUCGAUCAAGAAUUAUAAAGGCUGGUUUUCACUAGCGACGGAGUCGGAGUCGGAGGUGUAAUCGGAUGCCUAGAACUUUACGAUGUAGUGAAAACAGCGUUCUGAUUCUUCUUACGACUCUGUCGUUUACGAUCAAGUGAAAACUAGGUUGUCAGAGUCACAAGCAGAAGCGGAAGAACUAAACAGAUUACAAAGCGUGGGAACGUGCAUUGUGAUUGUUUUAUCCAUCCGCUUCUGCUUCCGAUUCCGACAAUCUGGUUUUCACUAGAUCGUAAGCGACGGAGUCAUAAGCGGAGUCGGAAGAAAGUGAACACGUUCUGAUUCUUCCCACUACGAUUCCGUCGCGCUUAUAACUCUCUGCUUCCGACUCCGAUUUUUUAUUUUCACCUAGUCAUAAGCGGUCUUAAGACUCCGCUUACGACUCCGACUUCUACUCCGUCGCUCACCUAGCCGUAACAGAAACAAAAUAGUAGGUUUUUAACGUAGUGGACGUCAGAAAAUAAGACGCGUUUGGAACAAGACCUUUAUCGUCACAAACAUCAUUUUUGGGAUACAACAUUUGAAGUGAUCUCUUUGCUACUCAUAGUAAUCCUCGGACAAUCUGAGAAUAGUCCUUAUGAAAAUGUCAGAAAGUAAUGUGUUAUUUGUCAUUUUACCCAAUCUUUUAGUCAGUUGGUUUUGUCGGUCCCGGUCCAAGAGAACCUGAAAAACAAGAAGCACUGAUGGAUCCAAAACGUCAAGUUACACCGGCAGAGGAUAAAUGUCAAAUAAGUGAGGUCAGUGACCACUUCGUCGAAUUAACUUUAUCGUUAAAUGUAGGAAACUUCAUUAUUGGAACAGCGUGGCAGCUGGGAGCUUGUGGUGUCAUGUGUAAUAUAGGACUCAGGGAUUACGGUAUUGUUGUUUUGAGCAUUUAAAGUAUGAUUUAGUAGAAGGAUAAAGGGUCGCUGAAGGGAUCGAUCACUGAAAGCUGAUUGUUAGAUAAUAAUUGGCAACAACCAUGAUAUGUCCUGUGAUGUUAUAGCGAACCAUAAUAACAUCACAGUCUCCAAAUUCCCAAAAGAAGCUGACAUGAUUAAAACCCAAGCCAAUGUGUGGCUUCAUAGUUCAGUUGGUAGAGCAUCGCACCGGUAACGCGAAGGUCACGGGUUCGAAUCCAGUUGAAGCCAUGAUUUUUCAGGCUUCUUCUUUCCAAUUGCUUAAAUUGGAAAAUUUACUGCGAUGAUCAUUCUUCUCUUUCAUCUACAACCGCAGUUCAAAAAUGAAUUAUUUCAUAUAUACUUCUCAUCAUGAUUAAAACCGUUCCAUAAUUUCAAAAUGGACACCAAAAACAAAAGCCCUUAGAGCAUGUGCGAAACGGAAGGCGGCUGACCAGGAGUCCUCUUCACUGUAUUGUUUCCACGCGUCAUUCACUUCGGUUUUCCCAGUUUAAAGGCUUGCAAACAUUCAUUCUCUUUAGAAUAGCCGCCAUCUUUAAGCAUUUUGUUAGGAUUGAUGGGACAAAAUCAAUAUCAGAUGUUUUUUGUCAGGGCGCAAACCGUCAAGUUUGCGGUCGAGGUUGUUGCUUCCCCUUGAAUGAGAUAACCUGCAUUUCAGUGUUGUUAUUGCUACUGCAUUCAAAAUGUGACAAUGAUCACUUCUACUCAUAAUUUGCCAUUAUCGUCUUUAAGGUUAAAAGUUCUUUACUUUCUGUUGUUUAUAGCCCGUUUCAAACGUCGUUCUACUGCCCUGUCGAACUCAAAUGAAUUUGAAUCGGCGGUUUCACGGCAAUAACACGGGAGUGGUUUCAAACGUUGAAUUUAAUUCAGUCGCGCCAGAAAACGUCAAAACAAACCUUCCAUCCAUCCAAAAUGGCGGACAGAAACUUAAGGGAAGAUCACGAUCGGAAGAAAUUUGCUUUCCUGAAGACGAUUUUAAACGCCAGACGGCAACGGCAGCUGAUGCAGCAGUCCAUUUUAAAUCCUUUUAUUGCAAGGAGAAGGUUAAUUCUUAAAGUAUGCGCUUUUGCUCUCCUUCUGCUUUUCUUUCACGAAAGCAAGAAAGAUGUCAGCUAGAUUUCCGUACCUUCUUAACUGUUUUCUUUUUCUUGCCAGGCCGCUUCGAGUCUUCUUGAUUUCUCUAUUCAGGGCCGCUCUCCUUGUCGGAACUUUCUUGUUCGGAGUCUUGCUCUAUUGAUUCACAAUCUACUGUGUUUUCUUCAUCGGAAAUUUAGAAAUAGAGAUUGUGUACGGACUUAAACUACUUUGCCAUUUUGCCACCAUUUUGUCAAAACUCUCAUCCCAGAGCCGGCCACGGUCAGCUACAGCAUGCGCAGUCAGGCACAGUGGAGUCAAAACGCUUAAACAUAUACAUUUUCAUAUUUUAUAAAUAGAGUUUGGCACGGCAAUAGCGCGACGUUUGAAACCGAGCCGUGUCACUGCCGUGUAGCACAGCAGACCCUGUCGAAUUUAAUUGCCGUGUCGAACUAAAUUCAAGUUGCUGAACUGAAUGAUUUCAAACGUCGCGCCACCUUAGGCUCGAUUUCCGCCGUCUCCCGUGUCCGGUCUUUGAUCCUCCUUCGGGGGAUGAGUGCGGGCUCAUUUUCCCAAACAGCGGCUGGUAAUCGAGCCUAGCCAACGCCGUGCCAAAGUCGAAUUAAUUCUAUCAAUUGAGUUCGGCACCGCAGUAGCACGACGUGUGAAACAGGCCUAUGUCAUUUUAUCACUUGUUGCUCCCUGAGAAGACACUUGACAUUGCCCUUAUCCCAUCAGUCCCUAAGGGCGUGCAAAGAUGGCGGUAUCGCGGAUAUGGUCUAUUUAUUCAUUUUUUAAUCAACUUGAACUUGAACUUAAAGCAAGGAAAUAUGCUCAGACAAGAUUUUGUCCUUGAUUUUGAUUUAUUAGCACGGACGUAUUAGUUAAUCGUCAUUCGCAAGCAAUAUUUGUUGCAUAAUUUUUUAUUGACUGUUUAACCGUCCGAUUUGGCUUGUCCUAUCACAAGCAGCGAAAGGUCUAAUCGGACAGUUCUGAUGCUGCAUCAGCCUUGCAUUAGCAAAAUCAAGCAAUAAAGUUUGGAUGUUGAGAACCAAUCCGAUUCGAGUAUUUUGGUUAUUGAAACCGUUUUUUUCAAUUAUACAGCUCGUUAAACUUAAUUUGCUCUAACAACUUCUCACUGAUACUCCUAUUUCAAAAUCUGUUUUAGAGUACUACUGGGAAAGAGGGAGAAGGGGAAAUAGAAGCAGCCGCGAUACCUGAACUGAAAAUCGAUCCUGCCUUACCUCCAGAAGAAUUUACGGAACUCCUUGUUCAAUAUCUGGAAGGUUUAAAUCUUGACAAUGACACCUCAGUAGUUGAACACCACGUGGACCUUGAUCUGUGGGACUUUGCCGGGCAACAUCUUUACUAUACAUUUUGCCCAGUUUUCUUUUCGUGGCGGGCAGUUUACUUACUGGUUUACAACCUCAGCGAAGGAUUAAAUGAAAUUGCCAAGCCUUGUUUCAGACGAGGAUUUUUGAACAUUCCCCUUGAGAACACAAAUCGCCAAACAAAUUUGGAAAAUUUGUUGUCGUGGUUGGUCACCCUCAGCUCAGUUUGCUCAUCAAAGCCAGAAGCGAAUGAAAAAACACCGUCAGAAUCAGAUCUGCGCUACACUCGCCCACCAGUGUUCAUAGUGGGAACACAUGCGGACGGAAAACAGGAUCAGUAUGUCAAAGAGAUGGAAUUACAAAUAGCGAAGGAAAUUUCCGAAAAAGACUACGAAAGUCACGUGAUCCGCCCUUUCUUUUCAGUUGAUAAUACGCAAGGAUCAUCUGAUGAGGGGGUCGCUGCACUUCAGAAAAAAAUUAUCGAAGUUUUGAAGAAAGAACCAUAUAUGGGGAAGGAGAUACCCCUAAGG